UAGAUAUCAAGUGAUGAAUCAGUUGAAACUGCAAAACAAUUAGCACUCCAGGAAGGCUUGCUGGUGGGAAUUUCUUCUGGAGCUGCUGCCGCAGCUGCUUUGAAGGUUGGAAAGAGGCCUGAAAAUGCAGGAAAACUUAUUGGGGUUGUCUUCCCUAGCUUUGGUGAAAGAUAUUUGUCUACUCUUCUUUUCCAGUCAAUUCGGGAAGAAUGUGAGAAAAUGCAACCUGAGCCAUGAAUCGACUUUGCCUGUUAAUGUUUCUUUCACAUUUGCCUCGAGUAUCUGUAUUACAUGCCAUACUAUGUCUAUGUUUCUCAUUUUUUACCUUAAAAAAUUAUAUAAAUCUAUACAGGUCAUUGAUUUCACUUACAGCACAUAUUAAUGAUCCUUGAUUGAAUAAGAGUUUAUUCUCUUCUCUCUUUGGGAUAAAACUUUCAGAUGUAGGAAUUACUUGUUUUGCCCUUUUUCA